UUGUUCCAUUUCGUGCCGGCGUCGGUUGGUGUCAGUCUGCGCAGUCUGCGUUCGAGUCGCUGCUUUGGUUCUCGGACCCGUUCCCUGCUGCCAACCCUCUACGGAGACCCACUCGGUUGUUCCCGGAGCCCAGUACACCGACCAAACGUCAACAUGAGCAGCCAGGAGUGCUACGCCUGCCACAAGCCCGGCCACUUCGCCCGCGAGUGCCCGCAGGGAGACCGCGGCUAUGGCGGGGGAUCGUCGUUCGGCAACUCGUACCGCUCCGGCGGUGGUGGAGGUGGGUUUGGCUCCCGCGGCGGUGGAGGCCGUGGUGGCGGCGGUAUGCGCGGAGGCCCGCCAAGUCGCAUGGGAGGCGGAGGCGGCGGCGGUUUUGGCCCGAGCCGACUGACUUGCUACAACUGCGGCAAGGCGGGACACAUCGCCCGCGAGUGCCCCGAAGACGGCAAGACCUGCUACACUUGCGGCAAACAGGGCCACAUAUCGCGCGACUGCGACGAGAAGCCGUGAGGAGUUUUCGCGCGAGACAGCCAGGCAGAACGGAGAGAACGAAAAAAAAGUUUUACCUCCGCCGCCGCACACAAGAGUUCGUUGUUGCGUUGUCAUCGUUCUAGGCCUACCGUGAAGAGAAAAAAAGCAUUCGACCCCCCCCUCAUCGUGUCUCGUGGCGGUUUUACGCUAGGACUGCAUUUGUUUCCUCCGGUCAUCGCAUUACUUCCCGUUCCCGAAACAGCCAUUGGACGUUAUCUUUUUCUUUGCGCAAUUCAUCCGGUCAGGCGGAGACUUCAAGCGGCUUCCCGUCGCGUAGCUGUCCGAGGAAGCUGAGCCCUGGCCUCAUUUUUUUUUUUUCGUACCUCGACUGCCGGCGCCGCCGGGCGUCCAUCUUUGAAAAAAAGCGGCGAAAGAAUGGUGGAUGCUGCUGCGUACUCGUGUAGGCCUAGCCACGCCACAAUGGAUGCUCACACGUGGCGGCAGCCUUCGCGACGGAGAAGCGGAACAAACAAGAUCGCUGACCUCUGCGAGCAAUGGUACGUCAUCGAGUCGUCGUUCGCUACGCCUUCUUCGUGCGCUGGCUUCCAAAAAAAAAAAAAAAAAAACCCUUCCCCUGGAUUUUUUUUAACCUGAUCUCCGCUGGUGACUUUACUGUGAAUGUGUUCCUUUGUGGUUGCGUCUUUGAGCCGUCGGUAUGUGCCAACCGAUGCGGGCUCGGGUGUAUUUACAAUUUUUUAAGCUCCUUUAACGGGCGCGUGCCGAAUGCGGCAAACAAAAAAAGGACUGCUAGAAGAAAAUUACCGGAUGAGAUAGAGAGGGUUGGAACUUUUGUGGCUUUAGAAAAACGGGAGCUUGUUCGAAGACGUUUUUUUGUUUGAAAAAACAUUUUCUUUAAAAUGUGUGUUUUGUGUGCGCGUGUGCUGCGUAGGACUGGCGUUUAUUCUUUUCACCUUUCUUUGACUGUGUAUAAAAUGAAAAAAAGAUGCCUCAUGUACAAUCUUCUUUUCCAAAGGCUGAUGAUUUUAGUGUACCAUGCAGUUGUUGUUGCAGGGAGCACUACGCGAGGACAAAUAAAAACGAAAAAAGGCUGAUCUGCA